AUGAAUCGGUUUUUAGAAUUCGCUAAUCGUUUUCACAGUUUGCCUGGGCAUCUUCGGCUACUGUGCAAUACAGCAGGAAGUCAAUCCGGAUUCCAAGUGGGCAGAAGCGUAUCGCGGAAUUACUCGGGAACCACUAAAAUGGUUGGGGGAGGAGAAGACGGAGACAAGGCCCAGGCCAAGCCUCUCAGCGCAUCAGAGGUAGCUGAACUUAUAGGAGAGCCUGCACCUGAAACUGAAGGGUUCUACUUUCAACAAACUAUGCUUCGUAUCAAAGAUCCUAGAAAGUCACUACCGUUCUAUACCAAAGUGUUAGGAAUGAGACGCGCUAAUUCAUCAAAGGCUGUCAGUUUUUUCUAG